AAAGAACUCACUUAAACCCACACAGUGACCCUGAAAGGUUACCUGCAUUUUACAGAUGAGGAGACUGAGGCACAGACAGGUACAGUAACUUGGCCAGGGCCAUCCAGCAGGCUGGGAUUCGAAGCCAGACCUUCUGACUCCAAAGCCCAUACUCCUAACUUGACUCAUGGUCAGGGGUUUUGAAGUUUUUUGUUUGUUCAUUUGUUUUUUUGAGAAUGCCCUCUUUCUAAUCCAAAUCUUACCUGGAUCCCCAGAGUCAAAAGAGAAAAAGUGACAACAGAGUGAUGUGCUGAAGCUGGGGGUGCGGGCCUGGAGCUCCUGCUCAUAGGCUCCCAGCCUCAGCGUGCCAACGGUGGUGGUGUCCACCUGUCUCUCCCUGAGGGGCACGGCCAGAAUUCGGGUGUCCCCUGGACCCACGAUGCCCCGUCCUGUACCCUGCCUCUGUCGAGGCCCCAGUGCUGUGUGUGUGGGUGACUUUUACCAAGUUGUGGGUAGACCUCUUUAAAGCACACUUUUCCACGUGUGGAACUGCCUCCUGCCUUUCCACACGUCUGAAGUGGGGUGCUUUAAAUUUCCAGGGCUCUUGAGAUGAGCUGAGAGUCUGGUGUAAGUGCCUUUGGUGAGGGGCUGUGGGUGAACUGCCUGCCCAGGUCCCCUGGUUUCUUUCGCUUUGGUGGCAACAGCACCAUCUAGUGGAGCAUCGUCCACCUUUUUGGGCGUCCUCCCAACCUGCUGCCCGUAUGGUUAGGGCACUGAAUUGGUCUUGUCCAAACCGGGAUGCAUUUUAGAGCAAAAGGAAUGUGACUGUCAGUAAUUACACCUGGACAACAGGUAUGAAGUUAAUUCUGGGCAAAUGGUACAUAUGGUCACCAUGGAUAUAGCCAGUCUUUGCCUGAAAGGGGUCUGGAGAAACGGAGGGGAUGAGGAUGUCUGCCAGGCCUCUCUUUCCACCAGGCCACAGGUCAGUCGGUCCUCACUCUGCUUACUCAGGUCAGCAAACAUUUACUAAGUGCUUCCCACCACCCCUGAGGACUGAUUCGAUUAAGAUCAAGAAAAGGCCUCACACAGUGGGGAAGACAGAGGUAGAAGUUAUAUAAAAGGCAGACUGCCUUCCCAGCUGUGGGGACAGAUGCCACAGGGGCACAGAGGAGGAACACUUGGUCUAGGUAGCAGUCAGGGAAGACUCCCUGGAAGAGGCAUGCCUGAGCUGAGUCUCAGCUGGUUAGUAGGGACAAGCUAGAUACAAAGGGCAUGGACAAAGGCAUGGAAGCUAGGCAGCACGGCAGGGGCAGAAGGGUGGGGGCAACAGGCUGUCUAGGAGGAGGGUCAAGCUUGAGUCGCAGAGGGGCAGGUGUUAAGGUCCAAGAGUCCGUGGGGUCAGGCUAAAGCAUCUACGCUUGAUUCUGAAGACUCUGGGAGCUAUGGGUGUGGCGUGGUCAGACAUACUUUCUGGAAAGAGCCCCCUGGCUGCAGACGGUACCCAAAGGGGGGCAGUUGGGGGGAGUGGCCCCGUGUGCCUGGGCGCUGCUUGUGGGGAGAACCUUAGAGGUGACCACGGCUUGGUGGAGUUGAGACAUGUACAUAGAUCAGUUGUGUCUCUUGUUACCAGUGCUGUCACAGGGAAGAGAAGAAGGUCAAGGGGAGCGGUAUUUUAGCUGAGUAAUGAGAACAUUAUUUGAGCGCUUACUGUAUACUGGGCACCGUUAAAAACACUCAGCAUAUGCGGAAUCCUCUGGUCCCAAUACAGUUCUCUGAGGGAGGCACUGGGAUUAUUCCCAUUUUACAGUUGGUGGCGGAGCUGGAAUUUGAUUGCAGGCUGUCUAUCUCCAGAACCUUCCUUAGCUCUAAGUUCACUGCCCUCCUUGAAAUGGGGUUGAGCCUGCUCUAGACUUGAGCUUUUGCCUCAAAUGGCCGCCGAUGUCCACCUAAAGCAUUGAAAUUCUUGGUGUCCUUGACUAAACAUUAGAAUCGUGUUAUGGGGAGGACACCGACCCUCCACUCACGCAUUGCUGGUUAAAAAAAGCAGAGGAUCCUUGGAAGUGCUUGGUUGUCACAGAUAAUGAUCACCCCCUUCGGUCACUUGGCCACUUGCUGCCUCCCCCCUCCGCCCCCCGCCGCAGCGGCUGGGAUCUAACCAGCGGCGAGGGAUCAGUAAUGCGGCCCCACGAAGGCCUUUGGAUGCCCUCUGUUUUCAUCUAGGUGGAAAGGCGACUAUGGGACCAGAAUCCAGCAGUACUUCCCAUCCAAUUACGUCGAGGACAUUUCAACAGUCGAUGUGGAGGUGCUGGAGAAGCAGAUUAUUGAAGACAAUCCCUUAGGGUCUCUUUGUAGGGGAAUAUUGGAUCUCAACACUUACAAUGUCGUGAAAGCACCCCAGGGGAAAAACCAGAAGCCGUUCGUGUUUAUCCUGGAGCCCAAGAAGCAGGGCGACCCCCCAGUGGAGUUUGCCACGGACAAGGUGGAAGAGCUCUUCGAGUGGUUUCAGAGCAUCCGGGAGAUCACCUGGAAGAUGGACACCAAGGAGAACAACAUGAAGUACUGGGAGAAGAACCAGUCCAUCGCCAUCGAGCUCUCGGACCUGGUGGUCUACUGCAAGCCGACCAGCAAGACCAAGGACAAUCUAGAAAACCCCGACUUCCGAGAAAUCCGCUCCUUUGUGGAGACCAAGGCGGACGGUGUCGUCAGGCAGAAACCCAUCGACCUCCUGAAAUACAAUCAGAAGGGCCUGACCCGUGUUUACCCAAAGGGACAGAGGGUGGACUCCUCCAACUACGACCCCUUUCGCCUCUGGCUGUGCGGGUCCCAGAUGGUGGCACUCAAUUUCCAGACUCCAGACAAGUACAUGCAGAUGAAUCACGCCUUGUUCUCACUCAACGGGCGGACGGGCUACGUCCUCCAGCCUGAGAGCAUGAGGUCCGAGAAGUACGACCCCAUGCCACCAGAGUCCCAGAGGAAGAUCCUGAUGACUCUGUCCGUCAAGGUUCUCGGGGCUCGCCAUCUCCCCAAACUUGGACGAAGUAUUGCGUGUCCCUUUGUGGAGGUGGAAAUAUGUGGAGCUGAAUAUGACAACAACAAGUUUAAGACAACAGUUGUGAAUGACAAUGGCCUAAGCCCUGUUUGGGCUCCAACACAGGACAAAGUGACCUUUGAAAUUUAUGACCCCAACCUGGCGUUUCUGCGCUUUGUGGUCUACGAGGAAGAUAUGUUCAGUGAUCCCAACUUCCUUGCCCACGCCACUUACCCCAUCAAAGGAAUCAAGUCAGGAUUCAGAUCUGUUCCACUGAAGAACGGGUACAGUGAAGACAUCGAGCUGGCUUCCCUCCUGGUUUUCUGUGAGAUGCAGCCAGUCCUGGUGAGUGAAGAAAUGCCAGUUGGGGUUCCCUGA